UCAGCCUCCCGGAGCGCCCAACCAGACGUCUAAAAUAUACAUAUACAUGGAAUGAAACAUAUAUGGCCGCGCAUAUAAUACAUAUAUCAGCUUACUCAAGUGCGCCCAAUCUCGCUAGCAUGGCGUCCAACCCCACCGCUACGUUGAGCAAACUACUCGGCUCAGCAACUAUGGAGGACCAUGAGGAGAUUCUGAGAGCCGCCAAUGCCGUUCUCAAGAAGUCGAAAACAAACCAGGAUGCGCUGCGUACUCGCGUUAUUGCACUCCUCAAGCUAGACCGCUACGCAGAUGCCCUCCGCGCCCUCGACGACGGGGGCGAAGCUCUCAGCGAAAGCUGCCACGUUGAGAAGUCGUACGCCCUUUACAAAACAGGCCAGCUCGAGGCCGCACAGAAGAUUUUCGGCGAGGUGACAUCGGUAUCUCGAGGCCUACGACAUGUCGCUGCACAGGUUGCAUAUCGCGCCGAAAACUUCGAGGAGGCGGGGGAGAUAUACAAGCAGUUGAGCGUUCAGGACGCCGCGCUCGAGGAUGAGGAGAAUGACCUCAGAAUCAAUACGCUUGCGGUGGAUGCGCAACUUGAGUGGCAGGGCAAUGGGGACAAAUUGGAGAAGAGCAGGAGGAAACCCUCGAGGGAGGACUUUGAAGCUUUUGAGACGGCGUACAAUGCUGCUUGCGGGUGUGUUGCAAGGGGCGAUCUAGGGUCAGGCUCUGUGCUACUGAAGAGGGCGAGAGACCUUUGCGAGUCUUUGGAUGAGCUAACGGAUGAGGAGAAGAAGGCCGAAAUUCUGCCUAUUAUGGUGCAGCAGGCUUACGUGUUUACGAAAUUGGGCAAGUCGCAUGAAGCGGAGACGAUACAAAGAAUGAUCGAUACAUCAGAGAUUCCAGAAGCCCCCACACGGCUCGUUGCCCACAAUAAUACCUUUGCGUGCCAAAAGCAGGAAAAUCCGUAUCUCACAGAACGCCUAUUCGAAGCCAUGCCGAAAGUGCCAGAUACCGAGAAGCUCUUCAAAUAUCAAGCAAGCAUAAUCGAGAGAAAUAGAUAUGCUAUUGAUUUACAAUCUCUUAAGUAUGAUGGAGUGAUACGGUCGACGAGCAAGGCUAUCUCAAAGGUCCCCGCGCCCACGACCUCUCCAUUUGUCAAUAAGCUAUCGUCUGUUAAUGCAGCCGCACAUACAAAGUGCCGAAGCGACAAAGCAAGCAUUAAGACACUCCUUGCCCUGCUACAAAAAAGACCAAACGACGUCGGCCUGGUCUUGACCAUUAUUCAGCUUUACGUGCUCGCUCAAAACCCUGGCCCCGCAAUCGCACUUCUCGAGUCAUUCUUCAAAUGCCUCGAAGAAUCAGCGACGCCGGAAGAGCUAAAUGUUCGCUAUUCUCCUGGUCUUGUGGCCCUUAUUGUAUCUCUGUAUCGCCUGGAGGGGCGCAAAGGACCCACAAAGGUACAACUUGGCAAGGCCGCCUCUUACUGGUCUAGCAAGUCAACCCCGUCCGAUGAGUUGCUUAGAGCGGCAGGGCUAUCCCUCCUCGAAUCUUCCAACCCUGAGGACCUGAAAGCUGCAGCUGAUUUCUUUGGCUCCCUCCGAAAGCAAGAUCCCAAUGAUCGCAUUGCCCUCGCCGGCUAUGUCGCCUCAGUUGCAACUACGGAUCUCUCCCUCGUCUCUACCGACCUCGCAAAGUUGUCCCCAGUCGAUCGCCUUAUUGGCUCAGUGGACUCCGCAGCUCUCGAAAAUGCUGGCAUUGCUUCCCUUCCUGUGGCAAUGGCUACUGCGAGCUGGAAGCGCUCAGCACCUACUGAAGAAAAGCCACCGAAGAAGCGUUUGAGGAAGAGCCAAUUGCCGAAAGACUACGUUGAGGGCAAGGAGAUGGAUCCGGAGAGAUGGCUACCAUUGAAGGACCGAAGUAGUUACCGGCCGAAGGGUAAGAAGGGGAAGAAGAAGGCGGCGGAGGCGACACAGGGUGGUGUAGUGAGAGAAGAGGAAUCUGUGGAAUUGGUUGGGGGUGCUGGAGUAGUCAAAGUGCAGACCUCAUCUAACAAGGCCGGCAAGAAGAAGAAAGGGAAGAAAUGAAUGGUCGCGGGUUGCCUCAUAGAAGGAUAUCGGGCAUCUACAUGACUGUAGUUUAUAAAUAUGAUCUGACAGCUC